UAUUAUGAAAUAUAACAUGCAAUAUAUGUAUGUAUAUUUCAUGUUCUAUAUCUUAUCUAUUCUAAUUAUCUAUAAUUUAUGAUUUAAACUACUUAAUGUACAAAUGUUAAAAGUAAUUUUUAUAAAUCUAUCUAUUCUAUCAAUGAUACCUGAAAUUAGCUAUAUGAUAUGACCAAUGGCUACUUUCUGCUUACAAAUUAGUAAAUUAAAGAAUCGAUAGUUUCGAAUGGAUUUUACAUACAAGAUUUAUGUACAUACGAGAUAAAAAGUAAUUAAUUUCACUUAAAAAUAAUUAUGCCUUCUCGAGGCGAAGAUAUACUUAAAGGCUUUCAAGUAAAUUGGAUGAAUUUACGAGACGCUGAUAGUGGUAAAAUAUUAUGGCAAGGUAACGAAGAUUUGUCUGUCCCGGAAAUCGAACAUGAAGCAAGAGUACCUAAAAAGAUUUUAAAAUGUCGUGCAGUUUCACGAGAAAUUAAUUUUAGUUCUGCAGAACCAAUGGAAAGAUUUAGGUUAGAACAAAAAGUGUUGUUUAAAGGUAGAUGUUUGGAAGAAUGGUUCUUUGAAUUUGGAUUUGUUAUACCUAAUAGUACUAAUACAUGGCAAAGUUUGAUACAAGCUGCUCCAGAAAGUCAAAUGAUGCCUGCUAAUGUUUUAAAUGGAAAUGUUGUGAUAGAGACAAAAUUUUUUGACGAUGAUUUAUUGGUCUCUACCAGUAAGGUUCGCCUUUUUUAUGUCUGAAUGUUUUAUUCUAUGUUGAUAUGACAUGGGUCCAACUAAUGUGUUUCAAUAUAUACACGUGAGAUGGAAUACUGAAGAUGAUAACAAUUUUGAAGUUCAUAUUGAACAUUUUACUUCAUGCACCUACUGUGAUAUGCACUGUGCUGAAUAUAUUUUCUCACAUUUCCAUGAAUAAAACAAAUAGCAUAAUUUCAGUUUUCUAUAAGCUUAACAAAGAGUUAUUGUGGUAAUGCUUGAACAAUGAGAUGUGCACUUUUAAGGCACGAUAUAUAUAUAUAUAUCUUUAUUUAAGUCUAAAUAGAUCUAGCAAAUUUUGUACAUAUUGUAAUACACUACACUGAUCUAAUAAAAAAAAAAAAUCUAACAAAAU